AUGCAUACUUCAAAGGAGAAUUUUGUCCUCCUGUCCAAGUGUGAGCAUUUAUGCGGCCUUAGUUAUCGUGUAAACCUGGCAGGCGUCGAGCUUCGGUAUCUGCCCGUCUCUGCCUGUCACCGAAGUGGGCCAUACUCGAGUAGCGUUUGCCCCAUCUUCAGCGUUGACGGGUCUAAAUGCGCCUUUAGGAGCAUUUCUGAUGGGCCCCCUUCACCUGCCUCAUCCGCUUCAUCUUCCAAAAUGGCCCGAUUGAUACUCCUGGAUGGCGCAAUUACUACCACCUUUAUUCUCCCCACCCCUUACGCACUUUCACAAACUUUCUCUAGACCUCACCUGAUUUCGACUGGUGUGUUUCGACCAUGGCACCUUCAUUACGCACAUUUCGCCUUUAAUUCCACUGCCUCUUCUCCCUGCCCUUUCGCUGUCGACCUCAAUUCGCCCACUUUCCAGCCCUUCUCACUUGGGCUCCUUGAUUCUGCGAGAAGUGCAUUUCACUCGUACUUGCCGCAUUUCUUCUCUGGUCCGGCCUCGGCUGCAAAUACGCCUCUGGCUCGUUCCGAGCGCAGAUAG